ACGGCAAAGAUUCGGGAGCCAAUCACAUGGAGGGGAAUAAAGGGAACGAUCACUCAUAUGAUUUGGAACUGGACCGAGUAGAUUAAAUGGGAGGGAAUACCACUUUAUUGAAGCUUCAAUCUCUGGCUCCGUCUCCCUCGAGCACGCAGACGCACGCGUCGCCUCAUCUAAGAGGUGCUAAACACCACGCCGACCGUCCCAAGAGCCCUGGAGGACCAGCGGCGCAGACGGGAGAGGACGGCUGCACAGACGACAGGCCAGCGAUGGGCAAACCGCUCUCAGAGUCAUUGAGGAGACGCGGCGGGAGGCCAAGGGUUCGAGAGAAGGCGUCGCACUCACCGGCACACAGCAGCGACACUGAGCCACACACCAAAACCAAGAAUCAGAAGAAAAGGAAAGGGUCUCAUUCGUCUAAGAGGCACCAUCGCGGACAGAAUCGUCACCGGAGCGCCUCUGUGUCGCCGGGUCGGCACAAACACACAUCCAAGAAGAAGAAGGGCAAGAGUCACGGGACGGCCCGGCAGCGCAGCAGCUCCUGGAGCAGCGGGAGAUCGUCGCCACGAGCUGUGACACUGAAGACUGGAAUAAACUCAAAAUUUAUCCAAAUUAAGUGA